AUGGAUGAGAUCCAGCGGGAGAUCGCGGAGCUGGAGGAGCUGGAGCGCAGCCUGGACCCCGGCGCCGCCCUCAGCCUGGCCCUGGCGCACCCCGGCAGCGGCUCCGACACGGACGACCUCGACGACGACUCUGAUGCCGACACGUCGCUCGAGAUGGAAGUGGGAAACGGAGAGGACAGUAGCGACGAGGACGACGUCGAGAGCUCUCUCCCAAACGACCCAGAGACGUGCUUAGAGAUGAACCUGGUGUACCAGAACGUCAUUCAGGAGAAGAUCAACGAAGUCGCCGAUCUGAUUGAACAAAACAAAGGACAGCAGGCGGAAAUCAUGUUGGAGGUUGGCGUGCAAAAAACAACCAGGGCAGCAGAUGGAAGAAGCUUGCCAUCAAACCUGUUUCUGGGUCACUUCAGGAAGCCGUACUUUAAAGAUAAAGCGUCGGGAAUUGGUCCACCUGCCAACGAAGAUACCCGGGAAAAGAUGGCACAAGGCAUUAAGUCCUUUGAUGAACUUCAAGUAAAGAAAUGGAAGAGCCAUGAGAAGGAAUUGCUGAGCAGCUCCAUCAUAAGCGAUCGCCUGCAGCGCCUGCUUCAGCCCAAGCUACUGAAGCUCGAAUACUUGAAUCAGAAGCUGGAGAAAGCCAAGACUGCCAUGGACAGGAAGAUUCUGGAGAAGCAGAUCAAAGAAGCGGAGCAUGAAAUCGAUGCCACUAACCAAAUUCCUCACAGAGAGCUGUUAGGAAACCGACUGGAUGAGCAUGACUGGGAGAAGAUUUCAAAAAUUAACUUUGAUGGCACGCGCAACCCAGGAGAGCUGAGGAAAUUUUGGCAGAACUGGGAGCAUCCAAGCAUCAAUAAGGAGGAGUGGAGUGAGGAGGAGAUAGAGAAGUUGAAGAAAACAACUGCUAAACACGAUAGUCAGGACUGGCAAACCAUUGCCCAGGAGCUGGGGACCAACCGAAGUGCAUUCCAGUGCCUGCAGAAGUACCAGGCCUACAACAAAGACUUCAAGAGGAAUGAGUGGACCAAGGAAGAGGACCAGAUGCUCAAGCAACUUGUCCAAGAAAUGAGGGUGGGAAGGCACAUCCCUUACAGGAGAAUUGCUUAUUACAUGGAAGGGAGAGACUCUGCACAACUGAUUUACCGCUGGACCAAGUGUGUAGACCCCAGCCUGAGAAGAGGAACAUGGACGCCAGAGGAGGAUGCUCUGUUGCUGGCAGCAGUCAAGAAGUAUGGAGAGCGCGACUGGUAUAAAAUUCGGGAGCUGGUGCCUGGAAGGAACGAUGCCCAGUGCAGAGACAGGUAUUUAUAUGCACUGCACGCUGACUUAAAGAAAGGCAGGUGGAGUUGCCAGGAAGAAGAGAAGCUAAUUGAACUAAUACAGAAGUACGGCGUGGGAUGCUGGACUAAAAUUGCAUCGGAAUUGCCACACAGGACACCCACCCAGUGCCUGAGCAAGUGGAAGAUCAUGAUUGGGACGCAGCCCAGGGGGCAGUGCAAGAAGAAAAGCCGCCUGAAGCAUGGGUACACGCGGAGGCAGAGCUCCAGCUCGUCCGAGAGCGAGAGCAGCAGCAGCAGUGACUCGGAGCUGGAGCUGAUGGACAGCUCAGACGGAGACGCAGAGAAGCCACAGUUCACGGUGCCCGCUCUCGACUUGUGGGUGCCAGUGAGGGCCAAUGCAGCAAAGCGUCCGGCUGCAUCUGCUGGCUCUUCCAAGACUAAUGACGGAAAGGGGUCUUCCAAGCAGGAUCAAAAGGCAUCCUGCGGCAAGGAGCAAGCAGAGGCUUCUGAUGGCCAAGGUGAAGAGCAAGCCUCAGGGAGUUCGGCAGAGUUCAGUACCGUUCUGAAGGGCAUGGCAUACCCAUAUUCUACAGACAUCAGUGUCAAGGACCCAACAGAGGUGGUGAACAAGGCUUCUGAAAGCGGGAGGAAAGUGAUAAUGCUUUCCCUGGAAGAUGUGAGGAGGGUGAUACGAAACAAUACUUAUCUUUUGAGACAGCGGAGCCAACUGCCAAAGAAACGCCCCGGCGGCAUUCCAAGUAUGGAGUCUGGCACCUGGAGCCUGGACCUGCCUGUCAGUGAAAUGCUGGAGGCAUUGAAGGACAACUCACAGAAGAACCGACGCCGGCAGAAAGAGCUGAUGCAAAGGCAGGUCUACGACCGGAGGCUGCUGAUGGCGGUAACUCCGUGGGUGGGCAACGUCAUCCUGCCAUAUGACUUUGGUGUUGAGAAGCGGCCGUCUGUUCAGACCAAAGCUGAUGUCAUUCAAAAGCGACUGCAGUCGGUCACUCUCUCCAGCACCCCUCUUUUCACACUGUUCAUUCAGUUCUUCCAGGUCAACACUAACGGUUGCAUGAAGGUGAUACGCGAGAGGAGGCUGAAGCAGACGGAGCUUUUCCGGGCAGUGAUGACCAACGCACAGAAACCACCGCAGGUCGCUCAGUGCCUCCCAGGUCAGGAAGUGCCGAAUAAACCUCCCAGGAAGCCAGUAGCUGCAGAGGCCGCACCUGGCACAGGGGCUGUGCCCAAAAAGAAGUCUGCUCCUCCAGCGGUGGCAAGCACAGCUCCUGUCCCCACCGUUCUGGAAGGUCCUGUCCAGAAGCAGAACCUGAGGCCACAGAGGCAGCUCCCACUACUGAAGCCAAAGCCUAAAUCGGUCUCUGAGCUGCUGCAGGACAAGCGUCUGCGGGAGUCUCGGGCCAAGAAGGCUCUUCAGAGAACUAUGAUCCUCGCACCUCAGGUGUUGGUCCCAUCUUCUGCCAUCCUUCAGCCAGUCAUUCCUCAGGCGCCGGGAGGGAGCAAGCCUGCCACGGCCAUGCCCCUCGGGGAUGUGAGCACCCCACCGCAGCCGGCACCAACUCUGGGGCCAACGUUUCUGUCCCUUCUGGUUUCUGCACCACCUGUCCCGCAGUCGGCCCCGAGCUCCGGUUCCUCCCAGAAGGUGAAAAAACAGUCGAAGAGGAAGAGGAAGCGGAACGAGGACAACCCAGGAGGCGCUUCUGAGGAGGAGGCCUCCCAGGACAAAGCUGCAGAGGGGCCCAGCCUGCCCCAGGACUGUAAGAAGGCUCAGGUGUUGGGGGGCAGCUCCAUGCCAUUGGUGCUGCAAAGCCAGGCCUUCAUGCCCCACCAGAUUGCGGUGCUGCAGUCCCCUCCUGUCACACUGAGCCCUGCAGGGGUGGCAGCAGGUGUGCAAAACAUCCCUCACUCGGUGCUCACCACUAGUGCCCCGGCACCUGGAAGUGUCCAGCAGAGUCCAGUCAGCUUGGUGCCUGCUGUUGUGACUCCCCAAAGCAGCACCCACCUGGUCCCCAGCAACCUGGUGCCCAUCACCUGGCUGAUGACACCCCAGGGCUUGAUUCCCGCUAGAGUGCAGACACUCGUGGGCUUGCAGAACCAGAAGAUGCUGUCUGUUGCUCUUGAAAGCCAGGCCUCCUCAGCAGAGCACACCAAAGUAGCCCCCUUGGACAUGACAGUGUCCCGAGCAUCCUCCAGGCCUAGCAGCACACCUCCUGCUGGCAGCACAGCCACGGAAGUGCCAAGCCUGCCAGUUGCAGAAGGGGCAUCCCCGGUCAUUGCCACGGGUUCGAGCCCCUCUGCUCACUCUGCCUCAGAGCCACAGCAAAGCUUGCUGCUUCCAGCCCCUGUCCCCGAUCUUGCGAGGUCUGCAGACUCCUCCACAAAGCAGGGUGCGGUGCUGGCUGCCCUUCCUGCUGACUCCUCUGCUCUGCGUGCUGCCCCCACGCCGGUGCCUCUCCACGACCCCCCAGCAGGCACCCAGCAUGCCCAUUCACUCUGCCCUCUGAGCCCUGCCAGCCAGGCUGAGAGCAGUAGCUGCAUUGUAAUCAACACCUCGGAGAAUGGGUCAAACGUGCCAGUGCUGCAGACGGAUCAGCGUCCCUCCAGCAACGUCCCCACAGGGAGCGCCAAUGGCAUCGCUGCCCUGGCCACAAAGGAUGUGCCCGUGGCCUUGGAGCCUAGUGAUACUCUCCCCCAGCCUUCUCCCCCCAGGGGUGAAAAGAGCCCCUUAGACUACAGCCUCAUCACUCUUGAGGGUGAGGCCUCGGUGAAGGAGUGGCUGAAGGAGACCCCGAGUGUCCCGGUGUCCACUGGGAGCAGUAAACUGCCUUACUUGCCACCUUUCAUUUGCAACCUCAAAACCCUCUCCCGGCUGCUGCUGCAGAAGAAGACACUGGAGCAGAAUGCCUUGGCCUUGGUGUCAGCUGGGAAGAGCCAGGGUGGGGACACCAAAGCCGACCUGCGCCCCAUCCGGGAGCUGGUAAGGCAAAAGCUCGGUGGAAACCCAGCUUAUCUGAUGCUGAAAGCCAGGUUCCUGGCAGCCUUCACCCUUCCUGCCGUCCUGGCUACCCUCCCCCCGCCAAAGGUGACCACAACCCUGUCCAAGAGAAGGCCGAGCCGGGAGGGUGAUGGGGAGUUGUCGCUGACUGAGGAGGAGCUGGCCGAGGAGGAGAUCUGCCAGGAGCCGACUGAGGGGCCAUCCAACGGCACCGAGGGCCCAGCACUCGGGGGCGAGGAUGCCAACCUGCCUACUCAGGACAACGGAGCCGGAGAGACGGCCGCACUGUCGGUGCCAGAGCCUGAGACCGACGCAAAGGACGGCCUUCGGCGAACCAGAAGGACCAGUCGCCUCAGGAAAAGGAGGAUGUGAGAGGAGUGGGCGAUGGAAACGUGAGCCCUGAACAAAGUCUGCUUUCCUGCGUGGCAGUAGCAGCUGUUUCUUGCACUACCAACAGACACAAACUGACCACUCGCACCUGGGGAAGACAGGCAAGUGGCUACACCGGUUCCUGUCCCCUCGUGGAGUCUCCCUUUUACUGCAGCUCUCAUCGGGAACCACAGAUCAGAGCCUGGGAAAAGGGAGAUGCUUCCUCGACAGCCUGAUUUGGUUCCAGCCUUCUCCUAACCCAGCCGUGGCACAGAGCAAGAUGGGAGCCAGCAGGCUGUUGGAGAAGUCUGGAGGAAAUGUUGAAUGCUGCUUUGUUUGAUUUGGGUUUGUUUAUGUGUGAGUUGACCCUGUUUACAUAAAGGUCUAUCGCUGCUUGGAGCUCAUGGCUCCCUUGGUGGCUUUAAACACAGUUUGUGUGUUAGGCGGUUCCCCAGCUCUGGAUCAAGGCUGCCGAACAAGCCGGGGGUUUGUUUUGUACUUGAAAGACUGUGAAUAUUUGUUCAAAUAUAGUUCUAUUUUUCUCAUG